AUGACGUCGCUUCCAUCAUCCGUAGCAUUUGGGGAGGAAGAAGAACCAAAUUUAAUGGAUAAGAUGUGGGAGAAAUCUAAACAACAACCAUUAGUGCCCAUCGGUUCAAUAUUGACUGCAGGAGCAGUUAUACUAGCAGCCAGAUCCAUGAAAAGAGGUGAAAAAUUAAAAACUCAAAAAUAUUUCAGGUAUAGAAUAGGGUUUCAAAUGGCUACAUUAAUAGCUUUAGUAGUAGGAGGUAUGACAUUGGGAAGUACGGCUACUACAUAUGAGCAGAAAAAGACGAAGGAAGAUAAAUUAAGAGAAAAAGCUAAGCAGAGAGAGAAAUUAUGGAUUGAAGAGUUGGAGAGAAGAGAUGCCAUUAUACAAGCUAGAAAACAAAGAGUUGAAGAAUCAAGAAAAGAAUUGAGAGAUUUGGCUAAACAGGGGUUUGAUGAGGAAAAACAUAAACUAGUUGAAAAAUCAAAGUUACCAAAUCAGAAAAAAGCUAUAUUUGAGAAAAAUGAUGAAGACAAAUAA